CACACCUCCACACGCGCUCUGACAGGGAUCCGGUGGCUGCUACUUUCUCACCACUCUUUCUCUCUCCCUGUCUGUCUCUCGCCCUGCUCCUCUGGGCUCGGCUGCAUCCUUCUUCUUUCUUCUUCUCACAAGUCCGUUUGCUUUGAAUGCCUCCACUUGUACUUCUCCUCCUCCGCGCUGACUGACUGUACUUUUGACUGAACUCAGAAGGAGGACUCCAGCCGUCAGAGCCGUGCAUGUUGUUUUCUUUGUCACUUUCACUCAACGUCACUCUUUUUCAACUUCUUGUCGGGAUCCGCGGGUCCCCUCUCCUCCUGGUGGCAGGGUCCCCACUUUAACCCGUCACCAUUUCCGCUCCCGGGAGAGCCACGCUGGCAGCGCAGCCCCUUCCCCGACUCAGCAUCGGGAGGAAGACCCUGGUGGCGGCUGCUGUGGGGGUUAUGCUGGUCCUGGUGCUGGUGGUGCUUAUCCCAGUGCUUGUGAGCUCCGUGAGCACUGACGCGGGACACUACGAGAUGCUGGGCACCUGCCGCAUGGUGUGUGACCCCUUCAUGAACAAGGGCACUCCCCCCAGCUCCACCACCUCCACUGGGCUGCAGGCCGAGGCUGAGGCUCUCAGCGACAACAGUAACGUGCUCCCGCCCUCCACUCUGCUGCAGGGGCCACAGGGCAAGCCCGGGCGGCCGGGGAAACCAGGACCCCCAGGACCUCCCGGAGAGCCCGGCCCGCCGGGACCAGCUGGGCCGCCGGGCGACAGAGGAGAGUUGGGCAGGACAGGGAUCUUGGGGCUGGGGGGUAACGGAGCUAUCAGCACGGCCACCUACAACACCAUCCCACGGGUGGCCUUUUACGCUGGACUUAAAAACCCACACGAAGGCUACGAGAUUCUCAAGUUUGACGAUGUGGUCACAAACCUGGGCAACAACUAUGACGGAGUGUCCGGCAAGUUCAUCUGCUCCAUCCCAGGCACUUACUUCUUCAUCUACCACGUCCUGAUGAGAGGGGGCGACGGCACCAGCAUGUGGGCCGAUCUCUGCAAGAACGGACAGGUCCGAGCCAGCGCCAUCGCUCAGGACGCAGACCAGAACUACGACUACGCCUCCAACAGCGUCAUCCUGCACCUGGACGCCGGGGACGAGGUCUACAUCAAACUGGACGGAGGCAAAGCUCACGGAGGCAACAACAACAAGUACAGCACCUUCUCUGGCUUCAUCCUGUACGCAGACUAAGGACUGCACACUCCGGGACACGCCUCACGCUAAGACAGAACUGUGAAGUGUUUCGGGACAGUUCCAAAAUUCCUCCCCCCGAACUCUUCCCCCCAACCAACCAACCGCCCCCAUUGUCACUGCUUCAUUUCCAUCAAAUCGAUUGUGGAGGCUACAGAUGGAAACAUGGGGAAGCUGUUGUUCGGACACUGGCGUUGAGUUAGAAAUUAAGAUUAUUUUUUUUUAUAUUGUUUCUGGGGUGAGUUGUGACAUCUCCUUUGCCUCAUUGCACAGAAUUGUCAACAAAAGCUACUUAAAACCUGCACAAGCUGAAAGUGGACAUUGUCACUUCAAACGGACUAUAAUGGUAGUGUUGUCCCAAGUCUGUGAGCCUUCUUCCUUAUAGAUCAUCAUUAUUAUUUUCGAUACAUAUUACCAGAGUUUUAAAAAGAGAAUAUAUUCGUCCCCUAUUUGUGAAAAUAAAUAUUAUGUCAAAUGUUAUGUGUGAGACAGAGACAGGGAUUUCACUGUUAGCAGCAUUGGAUGUUUUUCCCAUUGUUUUGAAUGCAAAGUCUAUUCAGCACUGU